AAUAAAGGUCCGCAAUAAAAAAAAAAACAAAACAGCGUGAGUCCCCCUUCUCAUCCAUACCCCCUUAAUAUCCAUCCAUGGUAGAAAUAAUUUAAAAUUCAGCUGUCAGUGGGAAACCCCGAUGACAGCUGAAACAUUCCUUCUGUCCCUGCAGAGAGCUCCGCUAUUAUAUUUGACAUUAAAAAGUAUAGAGACUGCAACAUUGUAUCUAUUUGUAUCCAUUCCGGAUAUAGAUGUUUUUAUUCAGAUACAUAUAGAUACAAUGUUGCAACCUUUAUACUUUUUAAUGUCAAAUAUAAUAGCGCAGCUCUCUGCAGACCAGAAGUAAUUAUUUCGCUAUUA